AUGGGAUCUCUUCGAAGCUCAUUAAGCAGAAGCAGUACAAGACCCAUUUUGGCCAUCUCGAAGCUCUUUCUCUUGCUCUCGUUGCUCCUCCUCCCUAGCAUCUCCGGGGUGGCAACGGAAGGCAUAGGUCGCAGGAAAACAUUCAAAGUCGGCGUGAUUCUCAAUCUGGACUCAAGUCUCGGGGACCAAAUGCGCAUGGCAAUAGAAAUAGCAUGCCAAGACGUCAACAACAUCUCAUCAGGAAGUUAUUACAUAAAGCCACAUUAUGUGAACUCUCACGCAAACCCUCUUGGAGCAAUUUCGGCAGCUGAAAAGCUGAUAAGGAAGAAGGUGCGAGUUAUUAUUGGCUUAGAGACAUGGCAGGAAGCAACUUUAGUUGCCGUGAUCGCUAAUCAAUCUCAGGUACCAGUGAUAUCCUUUGCGGCAAACCACAUACCGCCAACAUUAUUGGCGCAAACUAUAUGGCCCUCACUGUUUCGCAUGAGUACCGACGUAUCCGACCAAAUUAGAUGCAUCACAGAUAUAGUUAGUUCUCAUAACAGACGAAGAGUCUCAAUAAUAUAUGAAGCUGAGGCAUAUGAUACUAGCUACUCUGAGCUGUUAAAUUCUUUAUCGGAAGAACUUGACAAGAUUGGCUCCAAGAUAGAGGACCGGGUAAUUCUUCGAGCAUUUUCAUCUUCGGCGAGGGUGGGAAAGUUUUUUGAAGAGAAAUUAGCGAAACUGAAGGGCAAGGCAUCCCCAAUAUUUAUUGUCCUAGGGUUAUCAUCUCGUGCAAGUGGCCAUUUUCUCAAAGAUGCAAAGAAGAUAGGACUCUUCAACGGAAAUUCAAUAUGGAUAUUUGCUGAAAAACCAUUCAACAAUCUCUUAGCUUCAGUAGAACAUUCAAUAAUCUCAACCACCAUGGAAGGCGCAAUAGGAUUAGUCACCUACCGUCCUGAAAACCACGCGUCCGGAGAUUUCAAGAGCAAAUUCAUGAAUAAGUUCCAUCAAAAGCAAGGAGAGACCUUCAAUUUUGAGAAAAGCAUAGAUGUUAGUCGAGCAUACGAUUGCCUCAUGACAGUAAAAAAGGCCAUAGAUGCGUUCCCAACUAAUGACAUUACCCCUGAGUUAUUGCUUGCCAGAAUAUCGAGGGUUCGACUUGUUGGUUUGAGCGGGGUAAUACAAUUUGAGAAAGGUCAGUUGACAGGUCAAGCCAAAUUCCAAAUUGUAAGUGUCAAUGGAAAUGAAAUUAGAGAUCUUCAGCUUUGGUCUCCCAACUUCGGUUUUUCGAGGAGCUUUCUACAGAAACAAAGUCAAAGAACAAGUGCUUAUGCAAAUUCAGACACAUCGAAGACCAACAGAAGAUACAGCCCGCAAAUGGUGAUUGGAAUUCCUCGUACAACUCCCUUUGGUAAAUUUGUGAAGGAGGAAACGGAUAACAUAACUGGCAAGGCAACGUACGUUGGGUUUUGCAUAGAUAUUUUCAAGAAGGCGAGUCCUCAUGGCUUGAAUUAUACAUUUUUACCUCAUGAAGGAACAUACGAGGACUUGGUUAACAAAGUUUAUGACAAGACCUACGACGCUGCAGUUGGUGAUAUAACUAUUCUAGCUAAUCGCUCACAGUACGUCGAGUUCACACACCCAUUUAUAGAGUCAGAGCUUUCAAUGAUAGUUCCAGCAAAACCAGACUCAGACAGGGCAUUAAUAUUCAUCAAGCCUUUCACUCCAACCAUGUGGGUUGCUUCUGGAGGCAUCCUUAUAUACACAAUGUUAGUAGUUUGGUUCCUGGAACAUCCGACCAAUCCAGCGUUCAGAGGCUCUCGGACUAAUCAGCUCUCGACCGCUCUUUGGUUCACUUGCUCAUCUCUCUUCUUUGCUCACAGGGAGAGAAUCAACCACAACUUCACGCGGAUCGUAUUGGUGAUUUGGUUCUUCGUCGCAUUGAUCUCAACACAGAGUUACACAGCUAGCCUCACUUCAAUGCUCACUCUUCAAGAACUUAAACCGACCGUGACCACCAUGGAAAGGCUUAGAAUUUCCAAAGCAAGAGUGGGUUGUGACGCUGUAUCUUUCGUCUGUGACUAUCUAAAUAAAAAACUUAAUUUCUCAAAGGACAUUAUCAUCGGUCUAAGGAACAGCUCAAGCUACGGAGAUCAACUCACAAGCGGUAACAUUGCUGCUAUUUUUCUGGAAUACCCGUAUGAGAGAGCCUUCCUCGCCAAGUAUUGCUAUGGAUAUGCUGUCACUCGUGAGAACUACAGAUUUGGCGGUUUUGGCUUUGUGUUCCCGAAAGGCUCUCCGCUGGCAGCGAAAUUCUCCCAGGCCAUCUUGCAGCUUUCGGAGAGCGGCGAGAUUAAACAGUUGGAGGACAAGUGGUUUCCUCAGGAGUGUACGAUGAGGAACAACACCGGCAAGAUGUCGAGGCUGGGCCUCGACAGCUUCUGGGCACUCUACGCUUUCACCAUCGCCACUUCCACAGCUUGUUUGCUAGUGGCAUGUCUCUGCACGAGGAGGAGUCGUCAGGUUCAUGAAGAAGGAAGCAAUGGUGAUGGCAUGAGUCAGGAUUUGAGUAUUUCAUGA